AUGUUAGAAGUAGAACACUCUGCUCCUUCAGCUGCAUCCGUGCGUGUUGGCAGCAACAAGGCCAAGGAUGCUUUCAAAACACUUGCUGUCACCCAAGUGAAGACUGAAGGGACUGAUGACGUAUGCACAAUUGCGCCUGCGCCAAAUCAAAUGUCAAACUAUAUGAGCAAUGUGCCCGAAAGUGUUGAAGACUCACCACCUACCUUGGAACCUAGCGGUACUGACACUGGAGCGCUGCACAUCCGUGUCAAGCAACCUGUACCACCACCAGAUAGGCCCGUCAACCCUUCGGCUCCUUCUGCUUCCAAAGUUGGCACGGCACCCAAGAAAGCAACCAACUCAAAGAAACGUGCUACCCCUCAAGUAGUUCAAGUUCAGGGAAAUGAUGGGGAUGGGGUGGUCAAGAAGCCAAAAGCUUCAGCUAAGCCUAAGGGGAGGAAGGUAAAAUAG